AUGGAGCAGCAGGACGCGGUGGAGUUUACCAACUUUCUCUUUGAAGGCAUUGGACGGUCUCACGGCAGGUGGGCAGCGCGCUCUUUCCAGGAUCAUCAAGUCCAGCAACAUGCGUCAGGAAGUGCUCCCAUCACGCUACCUGCUCUAGACUAUCUAGGCAAUCUUCAGGAUGCGGUGCAGGCAUGGCACGCUCAGGCGCGUGUACCUGCACUCAUUGAGGAGCCGGAACUCACCUUCCUUCAGAUUGAUAGGCACAAUGGUGGCAUCAAGAAUGUUGAGGUCGUGCGAUUCCAAGAUAACAUCAUGAUGCCAGUGUUCGAGAGCGAGCGAGUGAGACGAGCCCUCUUCGUUGGAGCAAUGACAAUUGACGAAGUGAGCCAGGCGGAGCUUUGUUUGUUUGACACCUGCAUGCCGUCCGGGAUCAAAGCACGUGCCUCGAAUGCAGAACCCCCCUCGGAUGAGCAAGGCCGGGAUGCCAAAGCUGCCAGGACUGGUGCCCAAGGGAAGGGCCACAACGGUGGUGGUGGAGGUUAUGGCCGAGCAAAGAGGGGAUGGCAGCCGUCCUCCACAUGGGGCGGCGGCUGGGGCUGCAAUUCCCAGACGGAGUGGAAGAUGGAGGAUUGCAAUGACAUCGAAUCCCUUAAGGCGUACAUUGCACAGCUGCAAAGACUCAUCCUUCGCCAUGAGGACGCCAUCAACUUGGCAUUGAAACCAGCUAUGUGGCCCACUUCGCAUUGCAACAGCGGAGCCAAGGAAGCCAGCCCGGAGACGCUGGACAAGCCUCUGAGGGCGACGCUCAUCAUCUGCGUCUUCUUGGAACUUCGCACCCGAGUUGCCAACGUGCAGGCGGAUCAGAUUGACAAGCUCAAGGAGCUCAAAUGGUACGAUGAUUCGACCACCUGGUGCUACUUGCGCUGGAACGCCGAAACGAAGCAGCUCAUGAGGGACGAGGAAAGACCGGGAUUGAAGACACAGGACAUCCUUGCCAUUGUGCACGACAUCCUACGUGCAGCCUCCCAUCAGUACGCAGUUGCUCGAUUUCAUCCCACAAGACCGCUGGCCCAAGAAAUGAGAGGUGAGAUGAUCACCUUUUUGAUGCAGCUCGGUCAACACAAUGACCAUGCAGAGAAGCUUUGCGACUGCGUGGGCAAGUUGUGCGGGCUGUCGGCCACGCAGAUCAUCGGCAUGGGCUUAAAGCAUGAUCGUCUUCAGCGUUCCACCCUGGCAAACCAGAUUGCCUCCUCCUACCUUGGUGCUCAGGCGGAGGCUGUACACAAUGUGCGGGACCAGUGCAUCUACGGUCGGGUGCUCACUUCGCUGCUGGCUCACUGGGUGGACUCUUCAUGCCUCUCAUUGCUGAAUGCCUUGAUCAAAUGUGCUGCAGCCAUCCGAAUGAGUGAAGCAGGUGUCUCUCAAGCAGAUGCUAGACGGAUUGGAUUGUUUCCUGAGGCGGCCAAGGCGAUUGAUCAUGGUUACGUGACGUGGAGGCAGAUGCAAGAGUGGUUUGAGGUGCUUCCAGAAUGUACCAUGGCACGAGGACACACGUUCACUUCGAUCACCAUGGCGCGCAACGUCAUGGCCGUUGCGCAUAAGGACGUGCACAAUGAGACUUUUCAUUGGCCAUGGAUGGGAAGCGGGGUUUUCUUCACAGUACGCAACAGCCAUCGUACCCCAUCAGCGGACAUGCGUUUGCUAUUGGGUAUGGGAUUCUAUCCUAGGGACUACGCCUACACAUCGAACAUGGUGCAACAGCAUUCGAGUGACGAGGACCAAGUGCUCAGAUGGAUGGCUUUGAGUUUUGACUCUCAGUCUUGA